CCCCAUUUCCGCCCAUCUCGCAUCCCUGAUCACAUCGCCAAACUGAAACAACUAAGACAGGAAAUCUUUUCGAAACCCAAACCCUAGGUGCUCGCGGGGAGCGCCAUGAAGAUCCCAUUUGUGACCAAGUGGUCGCACCGAUCCAGCGAGCCCGCGGGGCCGUCGAAUUCGGCUGCAGCGCAGCAGCAGCAGCCGCCGCCGUUGUCUCCAUCGGCGCCAUCUCGUUCGCCUCCCGUGGCGUCGACAGAGGCGGCAGGGGAUGAGUUCAUUCUGCAGGAGGAAGAGUACCAGAUGCAGCUGGCGUUGGCGCUAUCAGCGUCGGCGUCGGGCGCCGAGGGCGCGGGGGAUCCCGACGGGGAGCAGAUUAGAAAGGCCAAGCUGAUGAGUCUCGGGAAGGGCGACCCAGUCACCAACAGCGAUCUUGGUGGGGGAUACACCGCGGAGUCGCUCUCCCGCCGUUACAGGGACUAUAACUUUCUUGAUUAUAAUGAGAAAGUAAUUGAUGGAUUCUACGACAUAUUUGGCCCCUCUGCGGAAUCAUCUGGGCACGGCAAAAUACCAUCGCUGGCAGAGCUUCAGAUGAGCAUUGGGGAUCUUGGAUAUGAAGUAAUUGUGGUUGACUAUAAAUUUGAUAAUGCUCUGCAGGAGAUGAAGGAAGUAGCAGAAUGCUGCCUGUUGGGCUGUCCUGACAUUACAGUAUUGGUGCGACGAAUAGCUGAAGUUGUUGCAGAUCAUAUGGGUGGUCCAGUGAUCGAUGCAAAUGAAAUGAUCACUAGGUGGUUGAGCAAAAGCAUUGAGCAGAGGACAUCACACCAGACAAGCCUUCUGCAUAUUGGUAGUAUAGAGAUAGGCUUGUCUCGCCAUCGCGCCUUACUUUUCAAGAUUCUUGCUGAUAUGGUUGGUAUCCCUUGUAAGCUGGUUAAAGGGAGCCACUACACUGGUGUUGUAGAUGACGCUAUUAACAUAAUAAAGAUGGAUAACAAAAGGGAGUUUUUGGUGGAUGUUAUGGCUGCUCCAGGGACUCUCAUUCCAGCAGAUGUCUUUAAUUCAAAGGGUACUCCAUUCAACUUCAGUCAAACAUUGGGUCAGAAUCAGGUGGUGGAGUCAGCAAGUAACAUCGAAGAUGACCCAGUUGCAUUACAGUCAGAGCAUGAACAUUACCAAGGGCAUAUGUUUGCCAAUAAUGAUCGGGUCUCAGACAAUCUAUCAAGCUAUGAGAAUACAAUGACUGCUGGAAGUAGUGCUAGUGAACCUGGGACAUUAGGUAAAGCAUCAACUUUGGCUGGUGCUCCUUCCAAGCAGAAGAAGAAUCUGCAGUUGAUUCCAGACUCUCAUGAAAUUGACGAGUCCCGAAACCUAUUUGCGGAGUUUGAUCCUUUCAAUGCUACUGAAUCUGGUAAAAGCUCAUUGGCAUUCAAGGGAUUAAACAAUAGAAACAGUGAUUUCCGAAGGCGUAGAGAGAAUGUAGUCCCACCAUCUGCAAGAUCUCAACAGCCAUUGGUGAUGAAAAACUGGUCCGCUUGCAAUGACAUUUCCAACAACAAGCAAUACAAUGUUGCUGAUGGGUCAGUUCCUCGGAGAAAUGCCACUGACAAUGCAUCGUCAUCUCAGUUGGCGUUGUCAACUGCAAAGCAUUACAAUCCCAAUGUCAGAGAGCUAAACGAUAGAAUGUAUGCUGCACCUGCUCGUAAUUAUGACAAUAGGAUAAUUGGUACCUCGGCUAUGGCCAAAGCAUCGACUGGAGACUGCCUUGACAGAUCACAGGUGCCACCUGGUCUUUAUUAUGACAAGAUGCUUGGUACCUCUUCUAUGAAUACAGCUUCUUCAUCCGGAAUUGGAAAAGUUGCAGAAAAGGACCUUCAGAAUGAUCUGGAAAAGGGUCCCAUCUAUUCUAGGUUUGACGGUGAACUUUCUAAAAAUGCUCAAGGAUUUACUCCCGAAAGGGAUGAACACAAGGAAAAUUGUGGCAGUUAUGACCACAGAAUGUUACAUCCUGAUCCAAGAAAGUCCCCUCUUGACAGAUUCAUGGACAGGCCAAGGCAGAACAUAGAAUGUGUUUCUCCAUCCCAAGUUGGAUCAAGUAAAGUUGACUUGGUGUUGGAUGAAGUAUCUGAAUGCGAAAUCCUUUGGGAAGAUCUUGUAAUCGAUGAAAGAAUUGGCAUAGGUUCAUAUGGAGAAGUCUACCAUGCUGAUUGGAAUGGAACUGAAGUAGCUGUAAAGAAGUUCUUGGAUCAAGAGUUCUAUGGUGAUGCUUUGGAGGAAUUCCGUUGUGAAGUGCGGAUUAUGCGUCGGCUCCGUCAUCCAAAUAUUGUUCUCUUUAUGGGCGCGGUAACACGGCCUCCACACUUAUCUAUUGUAUCAGAAUAUCUUCCAAGGGGAAGCUUAUAUAAGAUUAUCCAUCGCCCUAAUUGCCAAAUUGACGAGAAGCGUAGGAUUAAAAUGGCCCUUGAUGUGGCCAGAGGCAUGAAUUGUCUUCAUACCAGUGUACCAACAAUUGUUCACCGGGAUCUAAAAUCACCAAACUUGCUGGUUGACGAUAAUUGGACUGUGAAGGUCUGUGAUUUCGGACUUUCACGUCUGAAGCACAGUACAUUUUUGUCGUCAAAAUCCACUGCCGGGACUCCUGAAUGGAUGGCACCAGAGGUUUUGCGGAAUGAGCAAUCCAAUGAGAAGUGUGAUAUUUACAGCUUUGGUGUCAUCUUGUGGGAGCUAGCAACACUGAGAAAGCCAUGGCAUGGGAUGAACCAAAUGCAAGUUGUGGGCGCCGUUGGCUUCCAGGAUCGACGGCUUGACAUUCCAAAAGAAGUUGAUCCUAUAGUUGCAUCAAUUAUACGUGAUUGUUGGCAGAAGGAUCCAAACUUGCGCCCUUCUUUCAUCCAAUUAACUAGCUACCUGAAGACAUUGCAAAGGCUAGUAAUCCCUUCACAUCAGGAGACAGCGAGCAAUCAUGUACCCUAUGAAAUAUCUUUAUAUCGGUGAACCGCACAUCUCACAUCUCUACCCCGGGGUUGUCAUCCACCAAGUGUGAAUAAGGAGUAAUUAUGAUUUUGUCACCAUAUCUGGGUCCCAGUCUAGAUAGCAUUCACCCCGCUGUUGCAAGCAAAAGCUCUGCUGCGGGUAUGUACAGUACAUAUAGGCUGAUAAGAUGAAACAGCAGGAGGAGAAAACAAUACCAGUUUUACGUUUAAGUGGAACUGUGGAUUGUGGACUGACAGGGAGAGCGAAAUGUGUAACUAUGCGUCGAGUUAGUUGCAUCACAGAUAAGCUGGCAAUCUGGAACAGUGCAUUGUGUGUUUGAUUCCUUUCUGCCAUACUGAAAUAAAGGUCACUUCAGUUUGUGUUUUGGCUGGAAA